GUUUAUAAACCAAAUAUCUCAACAUCCACAAAUGACGGUAGUAGCAGUAAUGACAAAGACUCGUCGAUUUGCGGAGUGCUUUGUCGUCUGUCCAUCAUAUUCGGGUGCCUAGUGUUCUGCUGCGUUGUGGUGCUUCUGAUUUGGCGAAGUGGCUGCAUUCGAUGCGUCCAUCGUGGGUUCCAUAAACUUCCCUUUGGAGCACAUGUCGACAUGCAAAUGACAGCGAUCAACGCCAAUUAUGCUCAAAAUGAAAUAUUCUACAGAGUGCAAGAUAUCCGACCAACAACUCAACAGUACAAAUUAGACUGUGAUCAGAAGUGGGAAUUUCCAAGGUGUAAUCUUUUAUUUCAAGGCAUUUUAGGUGAAGGUGAAUUUGGAACAGUUGUCAAAGCGCAGGCGCUGAAUAUUCGUGGACACACAGGCUAUAAAACGGUUGCUGUCAAAAUGUUAAAACCGUGUGCGUCUGACGUAGAUAUGCGUGACUUAGUAACAGAGCUGAACCUACUCAAGCAAGUAAACAAUCCAAAUGUUAUACGGUUGCUAGGCGCAUGCUCACAAAAAGGUCCAUUGCUGGUCAUAGUAGAAUAUUGUGAAAAUGGAUCGCUUCGCAAAUUUCUGAGAGAACAUCGAAAAAGACCAAUAUACAAUGACAACACACCGACACCGAAUUCAGAACGAUCUCUGCCGUACGACGACUUCGCAUAUCAUUCGAAACAUAACGAUUUAGGACCUCGGGAUCUACUGAGUUUUGCCUGGCAAAUUUGUAAAGGAAUGCAUUAUCUUUCAACGUUAAAGCUAGUACACAGGGAUCUUGCCGCCCGUAAUGUGUUGGUGGCUGAGGGUCUCGUUAUUAAGAUUUCAGAUUUUGGUCUCAUGAGAGAUAUAUAUGAAGCAGACGCAUAUAAAAGAACUAGCAAAGGUAGAAUUCCGGUAAAAUGGAUAGCAAUUGAAUCAUUGUAUGAUAACGUGUACACUGCAAAGAGUGACGUAUGGUCCUUUGCAAUACUUUUAUGGGAAAUUGUCACAAUGGGUGCUACUCCUUACCCAGGUGUGACGUCAGAGAGAUUAUAUAAUAUAUUAAAAACUGGUUAUAGAAUGAUAAAACCAGACGGUUGUUCUGAUGAAUUUACAGGUGCUACUCCUUACCCAGGUGUGACGUCAGAGAGAUUAUAUAAUAUAUUAAAAACUGGUUAUAGAAUGAUAAAACCAGACGGUUGUUCUGAUGAAUUGUAUGCUAUCAUGACAAAAUGUUGGAGUGAGAAACCAUCUGACAGGCCUUCAUUCCAAGAGUUAUGUGAAAUAUUCGAAUGCAUGCUCAAGCGAAACAUAGAAUAUCUGGAUCUAACGGAGUUGCAACAAAUUUCGCAAAACGAUGAGGAAGAAGAAGAUGAGUUGCCUGCGGUACAGAUGGUAAAAAUGCGACUACUAAACUCCAGUGAACAAAGUAGUUCAACCGCUGGCAACUCACGAGAUAAUUCAAGAACUGAAAAGCUGCCGGUACAUGCCUUAAAAAUAAAAAUCCAAGCGUCGUGUGAUGAGGAGAGUUACUUUGCAUGUUAAAGAUUGAAACUUCAAUACAAUUCUAUCCUUUGAGCAUUGUUUUACAUUGUAUUAUGUUAAACUUCACGUUGAAAUAUACAUCGUCUUACGUAACUGUUACGAUACCUAAACGUGGCAUUGAAAAAUAUAACGAAAGAAAUUUCACAAAAAAAAAUAACAGUAGUAUAUAUUGAACAAUAUUAAGAAAGAGCGAUAUUAAUAUACAUUUCACAAACGUAAAAAUUAUUAUAUCGUUUUCUGAUUAUGCAAAAAGACUGCAUAUACCGAUAGUUCAGAAGGAGUUGGGCAGUAGCGGGUGACUAGAAUGUAUGUAUUCUAAACAUGGUUGAACAGUUUGUAAGACAUCAACUAACACCAACUCAACUUCUUAAGCCCAACAAAAGACUACUCCGCCUGAUCUUUCAAUUGCAAGUGUUACUUAAGGUUAAGUGUGAAAGAAAUUUAGAAAAGAAUUGUAAGGAUUGAGUGUCAUAAGACAGUGUGAGGACAUUUUUUGUAUUAUUUUAUCGGUUUGAGAUUUUACACUGCCAAUAACAAAUAUUAACUGUCAAAAUUGUAAUUUGGUCAAUAUUGACGACGUAGUGCGCUGACAAUUCUGUCAGUGGAUCAUUUGAUGUUUGCACAAAAGUAGCUCAUUCUAUAAAAAUAAUAAAGGAUUAAGAGUUCAAUAAUGUUUACUCUUUAUCAACAGGUGUGUAAUAAUACAUGUAGGAUCAAUAUUAGAUAUGACAUCGUUUUGAGAGAAAACCACUCCUGUAUAGUGCAUAUUUUGAUUGCAUUCAUGUGUAUUGAUAACAACCUGUGUGUGCGUGCAUGUGCAAUAGUAUUUUGAGGUUGCUCAUGGCGUUCGGCCUAAAUAUGAUUUGUUAUAAUUAUCUUGUAAAUACAUUCCAGCAGCAUACUAUUUUUAGAGUAUAUUAUGUGGAAAAAUUUAAAAAAAAAACAUAUUACACAGGCCUAGGGCUACAUGUUUAUUUAAAUAAAUUAUUGAAAUGUAAAUAAAAGAAUUGAAUACAUUACAUUA